AUGGAGAAGAGCAACCAACCGACUCUUCUAAAAAGUUAUGUGUAUAAUGAGAAGGUUGAUCCUCCAGUUAAUGUUAUCAAUCUAUCAUCUGAUGAAGAACUCAUCAAGAGUGUGGAUCCCAGGAUUGCAAAAAGGCUGUGCUCUAGAAAAGAAAAAGUUGUAACUGAUACAUAUUCUCCCAAACCUAAUAGGAAGCAUGUUGCGUUUGGUCCAGCAAAGUCUUGGAGAAAAGUGAUUGUCUCCUCCAAGAAGAGAAAGAUUAGGACAGAAACUGAGUCUGAUGAUGAUGAAGGUAAUGUUCAGGACAUCAUUUGUGUAAAGAAAACUGUGUCCAAGCAGUCUUCUGUGAAAAUUCCAGACCCUCCCAUGGACAAUAUAUCGUUUCAAUCUAUUGAAAGCAUUGACAGAUGGAUAUUUGUGUAUCAAAGAAGGAUUUCUCUGGAGAAAGAACUUGGUCAGGAUGAUCUCAAAAUCAAGGAGAUCAUGGACUUAAUUUUUGCUGCUGGGCUGAUUAAAAGUGUAACUAACUUUGCUAAAUGCUAUGAGGUUCUAGUUAAGGAGUUUGUUGUGAACAUACCCGUGGACCGUGCUGAACCUGGAAGUCCGAAUUUCAGGAAAGUCUACGUAAGGGGAAAACUGGUUCAUUUCUCCCCUAAUUUAAUCAACAUGUAUUUGGGAAGAAGUGAGGACAGGGGAAGUGACCUGGAGGUGAUUGAUAAUCAAGUCAGCAGGGAAAUCACUGCAAAUCAAGUGACUACUUGGCCUAUGAAAGGAGAGCUAUCUGCUGGUUAA